GUCCAGCAGGUGGCAGCUGUGUGUCUGGUCCUAUGUGCUGCCUGUGUGCUGUUGAGCCUUUGUUUGUAGGAGCCACAGAGACGGAGGGGCCAUGCUGCUCCACCUCGGUUAUUGUUACCCUGACACGGAUUAACUCACAGACAAUGGCCGUGCCUCUCUGACAGACAGUCCACACUUUUGCUGGGUCCCUGCAUGCAGAUGUGAUGUCUGAGAGAUCUGGCAGCUGCUCAGCGGAGCGAAACGUCAUAUAGGAGGACACCAUGUAAGUUAAUGUCAGAGAGGAUUCUCGACUGAGGGGGAUGAACUGAAUCGGCGCCACGAGGGGAAGAGCCAACCAGUACCGUUGGAUGAGAACUGAUGGGCUGUCCGAGCUGGCGAUGCCAACUGCAAAAGAUAAAGACGGUUCCAUGUCCCACCGCUACCGGCCUGCCUCGGAAUACGACGAUGCCACCCUCGUCCAAAAGAGACAAUACUGGAGAACCAAGAAGCGAGAGCAGAGGGCCCGGCUGACAGAGCGCAGAAGGAAGUCGACGCAAGACGGCCGAGGGGGAAAGCUCCUACAUCUGCACACCCCGGCGGCGGUGAAUUCCACUUUGUCCGGCUCUUUUGCUGCUUUCUCUUCUCCUUUGCAGGGCAACGAUGACUCAUACAAGACGGUCUCUCCUGCAUCACAGGGUGCAAACACGGCGGGAGUUAAAGCCACUGGAAACCAAAAGGAGAAGUGGUUCCACACGGUGAAACUCAACAAGGUCUUGCCUCAGUUGCCAGCGUCAUGUUCCAUCUCAGCCAAAGCUGCUCGGGGCCACGCAGCCACGGUGAAAUGCCUAACAGCCAGGGGCGCUGUGAGCAGAGCCGUUACCUCAGCCACGCCCGGUGGAACCCAGCUGAAUACCCGUUCCUCAGUGCCUCCAGUCAGAGUGACAAGAACUACCAAUGGCAGCUCUGCUAAAACAACACCUCAGCCAUGUGUGUCUAUGCAGGGCGCAUCAGUCCCCAAAACGCAACAGAAGGCACAAGUUGCAUCACGCAUUCAGCCCAAACUCUCCCCCACCACAGGUAUGAUUCUCAUGUCUUCUCCAUGUGUCCCAGUUUCUAUUAAAACAGAGGGCACGACAGCGAACACAACACCUCAAAGUGGAACAAAGAGUGCCUUGGUCACCUCGCCGAGGGCUAAAGGUGUCGGCGCCUCGCGGUCUUCCCUGGAGCCGGAGGAAGAGAGAGCAGCCAAGCGCAGAGAGCAGUGGCGGAUCAAAAAGCGAGAGCAGAGGGCAAAGCUGGCGGCUCAGAUAGCUAAAGCCAGAGAGAGGACGCAGAGCGCGGAGAUGACGUCGCAGAGGCAAACGGCACAAAAGACAGGACUACUCGUGGGCGGCGCGAUUCUCCAGCAUCUUCCAUCUCAGUCGUUUUUGAGAGGAGCGGGCCAGAAGCAGUGUCCUGCUCGGGUCAGAAGGGACAAUGAUAAACUGCAAAGUGGGGCGACAAGUUUGGCUUCAGUCAACCUGCAAGCAGAUCGGAUAAAAGUACAAAAUCCACACGGGACCAGGACGACACAGACGUCAUGUGAUGUUGUUUCUGUGAGAAAGCCAGGGGAGUCGCUGAGAAGGUUUCCAAGUUAUGUACAUCUUUCUAACGUUUCUCGAGGGAUGGCACGAUGUAAAACGCCGAGACAGAGGUUCAUCGACGCCCAGAAAAAUUUCAUGAUUCAAAGAAACAUAAGAUGUAAAUCCCCGUUUUUCACUUCAGUCUUUGGCACCAGAAAUAUCCCCCACAUCGACCCCAACGACACGCCCGAGCAGAUAAUAGCCAAACGGCGAGAGUACUGGCGGGUUAAGAAGCGCGAGCAGCGAGCUAAGAUGUCGAUGGAAGUGAAGGUUCGGCUGAAGGAGAAGGACUCUCUGAUGCGAAGAGUGAAACGUUACCAGAACAUCCUCCUGGAGAUGAGGAGGGCCAGAGCGCUGGCCCAGUCCGCAGGAAGCAACCUCACCCACACCCACGCCUCGGAGACCAUCGGAGGGUUCAUCAAAGAGGACGGGACGGUGACCAUUAGCAUUCCCCAGCUUCCUACAGAUCACAACGCAGCAGAGUGCCAUGUAGUUCCCAAUAACACCCCCAUCACACAACCUCAGUACCAGCCCAACACUAAACGGAGAGGUGCUUCGCCCGUUCGUGUUACCCAGCCCCUUCUUCCCCUCCGCCCAGCUCAGGUGAAAGUCUCUUUUCCUCUCGCUGGACAGUUGGUCAACAAGCCUCCGAGACUACUGUCAAUCAGACCGAGGACUCAACUCGAAAGCACAACCGCUCCUAAUUCACACAAUUUAGCGAUCCAAACUGUUAAUCAGCUCACGCUCACUCAUCCUCAAACCCCUCAAAAGGCCGUUUCUCGAGGAGGAUCGACAGCCGGGUCGAACCUCGGCGGCUGCGUCAUGAAAAUGGCCGUCUCGAGGAGCGCGGCGUCGCUGUCGGCGCUCUCUCUGGAUCCAGGGCUGACAGAGGAGGAGAGGAUGACGAAGAAGAGGGAGUACUGGAGGCUAAAGAAACGAGAGCAGCGAGCAGCCCGUGCUUCUCGAUUGAAGCAGGGCGUCUUACAAGCGAGGGCCCACGCGACCUUACAGAGGAGGAAGGCCCAGAAGCAAGUAGCAGUAAGCUCUGUAUCAUUAGCCAGGAGUCUUACUAACCGUACAGGAAGUGCUCAGCCUCUCCCCGACUACAGUGUGCCUGAAUCGCCGCAUGCAAAUGAGAUAAAACAAGAGAGUGAGUCUAUGCCAGCAGUUGACCUAAAUUCUCAACCAGAACAAGCCAUCUGUCCAGAUAUCAAAGCCCCAGCCUCCCCACCAUCUCCAGCGCCUCAGCCAGAGCCCGACCCAGCUCUGCUGAACGCAGACAGCCAGGCUACCACUCUGCUCGCCGUGGCCUCUAUGAAGAAACUCCUGGAAGAAUCACUUAGCACGGUGACAGAGUGUAGCGGUGUGCAGACUGGCGUUAAAAUAGAGUCAACUGAGGAGACCUUUGAGCAAGAGAUGGAGCCAAGUUUACCUCUGAACGAGGUGGCUCCUAUUGCCGCUGACUUGACAUUGGAGAUAAAAAGCUGGCAGUCAGAUAUCGAUGCGUUGGUGCAAGCAGGUUCACCAAGCCCUCAUCUCAAGGACUCACCACAAAGUAGCGAGAUACUUCCUCCUCUCCCCACCUCCAGCGAGGUAGUCCUGCACGCCACCUGUGAGCACUCAUCCCAAACCCCUUCGAACUUCAUAGUAAACCCCUCCAUGGAAGGCUCUGACGGCCCGUCUUCACCACGCAGAACCCAGAGGCUUUGCGCCAAAAAAGAAGAGCCUCAGAGCUGCUCUUCCCCAGAGCCGCCAAAGCUGCAUCACCUACCCAUGGUUCAACCACAGUGUGAACAACGGUGUCAAGCACGAGAAGAAUGCCAAAACAGCAACUCGCCACCAGCACAAGAACAUCUCAGCAUGGUGCACGAGCACAGCGGUUUGGGCAGCCUGCAGAGGAAGAGGGAGUACUGGAAGCUGAUGAAGAGGCAGCAAAGGGCCAGGUUAAGGGCCAGGCAGAGAGAAAGACAGGGAGAAUGCAGCAGUCGGCUUUCCCAGAGAAUCAUUCAGGCUCCAGGUCUGGAUAUUAUGAACACUGUUAAGGGUAUGAAUCGUCCAGCGAAACCAGCCCUCCAGCCCAAGCCAUCAGUCGCUUCUCUGACCGCAGUGACCAGCAUCCCCACCGUCCUGCUCGUUAGCCCUACGACAUGUAACGUCGAACAGCCACCCGACACACUCCAGGUCAAACUGCCCAUCACCAGCGUCUCCUGUUCGCCCAGAAGUGAGCAGAACCACAUGAGCGUCGGGCCUUCGCAGAUGGACUAUCUCGAGAAUCUGCAACAAGCCGUGCCGGCUUCACGGAGGUGGAUGUCCAGAAGAACAGACUCGGCCUCCUCCCUUCCUACUCUGAAGCCCCCAGACAACCCGCUGUCCAGCAUCAACCUGCAACCCAUUGAACCCCCUCUAACUCCAAAUUCCAGUCCAAUAAAAAUCCCUUGUGCUCAACUUCAGAGCCCCACACAUAUGCUAGAAUCUCCCAUCAAGCUGGGACCGAUAGCCAUCAUGGUUCCACCGAAGCCUGUCCCGGGGGAGGCUGAGGAGGACUUUCUGAGGAGGAAGCGGGAGUACUGGAGGAUAAAAAAGAAAGAGCAGAGAGCCAGGAAGGCGAUUCGGGAGAAGGGAGUCUCCCCAAGGAGAGCCUCCAACAACCUGAGGCCCAUCCUGCCUGCCCAGGACCAACAAACACAGGAUUCUGGUCAGUGGGUGAGCUCCUCUGAGGAGUCGGAACAUCUAAUGAGCACGUCAGAAGACACAGACCCGGGAUCCUUUCCAUUUGAAGGUUACACAGCACCGGUCGAAGACGAGACCGAGCUUCUAUUCGCCGACUACGAGAACAACAACGACGAGGAAGAUCCCGUCUCGGUCGCCGUGUGGAGGAACCGCUACCUCAUGGACUACGAUCCUCUCAACCAGCUGCUGGUGUGCAUGGUGUGCGGGGAGCUGCAGUACUCCCACAGCCUGGAGGGAGUGAGGGCCCACAUCGACGAGGCCCACCCGGACACCCUGAACCUGGAGCCCAGGGAGCAGCGGCAAAUACUGGAGGCCUGGGACGAGCAGGUGUCCCGGCGGGAACGCUUCUUCACCAGCCAGCUCCAGCAGCACAGCGGCGCCCUAGCAGAAGUACACAGGAACUGAAGAACAAAGACUGCAGGAGACAACUGAAGACCACGGACAGACCAGGAGAGAAAACCCACACUUUGUCUUAUUUAUUUAUUGUAACUUUCAUAGCGAGUCACCUUGAAAGAGAACGCUGUAAAGGGAAAAUUCACCCCCAGAAAAGCAGCUUUACCUCAUUUCCUACCCAGGUUUGUGAUGUGGGUUUAUGAAAGCCAGUAUUGAUUUUUUUUUUAUUACAUUGAAGCUAUGACAACUGAGAUUUUGUGAUAAUAUUUAAAAUAUUUAAAGGAGAAGUCCAACAUUUUGGGAAAAACAGUGGUUGUACUAAGCUAGGCUAAAAGCAUGCUGGACCUAUGAACUCACAGAUAAAACUUAUAUUGAAUAUCAUUUUCAUAUUCUUGCUCUACUUCUAAAAAUCUUCAAUUAUUCCUUCAAGUUUGUCCGUUUUUUAACCCUCAACAUCUAGAAACGUUCAGUGUUUCCCACAGACUCUAAUUCCAGUCAGAUAGAAACAGCAUUUAACCGUCACAGGAGAAUAAAACCUUUCCUCUUUAAA